GCCCCCAGCAUUAGGGACUUUUAUUUCAGAAGUUUGGCUACCGCAGCCUAUAAAACUAACCGACAACCGAUUAUAGCCCAUUUCUCAGUCGAAACACACAAAUUGAUGUACUGUUGUAUUGUAGCCUAUAUCGUUCUGUUAGAUUAACAGUUAUGUUACAAUGUAACGAAAAAGGCGAGAUUUUACCUGGUAAGAAAUCACUUUCCUCAUCACCUAUCUAUUCUCAAGGGACGCAACGGGUCUAAUCUCUCGUGGAUUGACAGUUUACAAUUUUAGUUUUGGGUUUACCGAGAUUGCAACGGGUCUAAUCUAAACAAAAAGUGAAAGGCCUAUGAUAUGUAUGGAAGCAAUGGGGAAUAACCAAUGAGAAUAACAAGGCCGGUGUGAAAGUGAUAUUUUUGCGUUAGCCUACACUACACUUCUUUCAUCAUUUUCAUCACAUUGUCUUUUGCAUUAAUUAUGCAAAUGCCAUAUUAUUAUCAUGUUAUAACAACACUGAAAUGUAUAUAUUUUUUUACUAAGCAUUUUUUUCUUAUUUUUUUCUGUAAUUUAUGCAUUCUCUCUCAUCCAAGAAAGGAGCUUGCAACUUCAGUUACACGCUCUCAGCAAAUCUAUGUCAUGCUGUGUGGUGGAAAGGCUGUGCGUGUACUUGUUGAGCUCCAAGACCAUCACAGAGUACGAGAGCCAGGUGAUCUGGUCACAGGGAACAGACAUGCAGAAGGCUGCCAAACUGCUGCAGGUGGUGUUGAAGAAGGGUCGCAACGCCUGUCAGCUCUUUUUCGACUCACUAGAAAGGUGCUGCCAGUGCCCACCACUGUUCGAAAGAGUCACCGGCCUCCCAGGUAAGUCUCUUCAAAAGUGUUAAUUUUUUCAUUUUAUUAAUUGCAAGUAAAUUACUUUGGCCUACAAGCCUGUAGUUUUCAUGUAGUUUUAAUCAACAUUUAAAUAGGUUAUGAAUAGUCUAGGCCUACAGUUUAUUUAUUUAUUCAAUUAUGUGGUAUUUAGAGAGGUAGGCUAACUUGGCCUAGAUGGCAGCACAUUUUCUUUGUAGUAAAUAGUAUAUGUUAUAUGAAUUCUACCCAACGUUCCCUUUUAAAGCACUGGAAACCCAGCUCCAUUUGGUGUCUGAGGCAGGUGAGGGCAAAUAAUAUUCCAGAGGCCCAAGAAUGUUCCAUUCCUCAUGUGAAAUCCAGUUUUUAAAGAUAAAGUGUAGGCUUAAAUCCAAAUGUUUUCUCCACGUGUCCAAUACUAAAGCUCAUAGAAGGUUUUUACAGUAUGUCAUCAUCAUGACGUAGUGGGAAUCGCUGGGAUACUAUUGUCAACAACAGACUAUUUCCCUUUUUUUUUGGCUCUUCCCUUUUUACUCACACCCUAAACAACAGAGAGGAGGAGGAGCAACACUGCCCCAACUUACGUCAUCAACAUCAGCCAUUCCAAUUUGAGUAACUGCAUCAUUGGAGACUGCAACUUUCAAGGUGUGGCAACAUGUAUACAACAACUUCAAAGCAUUGGUUCAGAGCAUGCUAGGCAUGGUAAGUUACAGUGUGUCAGAGUUACAGUUACAUUUUCUCAUAAUUUCAUAUAUUUUUAAUGAUGUGUUACAAGAUUCAAGCACAUUCACAGAUACAAGCACAUAUGUAUAUAUUAUAAUAAUUAUUUUGUAUUAUUGUUUCCUUCACUUCUCUUUUUGACCUGCACUGUUGGAGUUUAAGAAUGUCACUGUACCCUGCAAUUACAUCUGUGACCCUGUGCAAGUGACUAAUAAACUAAUCUAAUCAUUGACAAGACAAUUAUUUAUCAGAUGUGUUGCACCAGUGUGUGUAGUUUACGCUAAUUCUCAACACCUAUCCCCUUUCUUUAAUAGGUUCAAAGAAGCCAUUAGAUUAAUAACUUUCAUAUAUGGUACUGCAUUCCAUUCAUGUAUGAAAAUGUAUGCACUCACUAACUGUAAAUCGCUCUGGAUAAGAGCGUCUGCUAAAUGACGUAAAUGUAAAUGUAAAUGUAAUGUCUCUAUUACAGAGACGAUGGGAAGCAACACCACCAGUGACCACCAGAGAGCAGUACAGGCCUGUCCAGAGCCAGAGCGCCAGCGGAGUGUCCAGGUCUACGGGUCCCAGCUGCAGUAUGUCAUCAUCGGGGACAACAACAGCCUGCAGGCUGGAGACACACAGGAAGAGGAAGAAGAAGACAUGGAACUCAUUAAUGAA